CCACCACCUCCACAGCCGAUCCGACGCCCCGUAGGCUCACCGGAAGUGACGGACCUGGAACCUGGGCAGGGGAGUGCUGAGACCAGGGGUCGGCUGCAAAAGGGAAAAAGCCAGACAAAGAGUCUGGAGUCUAGAAUUUCCCAGGAAUAAAUUCUAUAGUAUCCUUUCGUAGCAGGAUUCCCACUCUAGAGAUAAUUUUUCUUAUUAUUUUAAAUUACGUCUUGAUAGUACUCCCCUCCAGACGAACUUAGUAGGACCCAUUCCUUUUCUUGACUACACUACCCAGAAUGCAAUUAGAUCUUCCGGCCUUUGCGUCAGCCAUCGAAAUCUCGGGCGGAAGUGAACUACACAUGCCCCCUUUAAAGUGGAGCGAGAGCCUAUUGAAAAUGUAAAGCUGACGAUCUCAUUCUACGUAUAACUAAAUUUAACUUAUGGAGGGAAGGUUUUUUGUCCUGGAGUUCCCAGUGAGAGAUAACGGUAUUUUCUUCCCGAAGUAAUAAUGUCCACCGAGACGCGGGUUUCUGGGUCAACGGAAGUCACAGUUGAAAGAGGCAACAGUGUUUGCGUCCUGCCGAGUUUUGACGGCUUUUUCCACCGGAAAGGCGGUGCUCUAGUGCCCGCCCUCAAUAUGCCCCAAUCAGAAAGGAGGCAGGGCUGAGACCGAGCAGCUAUUGAUUGGCAGCCCCUGGGCCAAUCGGAAAAGCCCUGCUUUGGCGGGAGUCUUGAUCGCCGCUGGGGCUCACUGUAUCCCAGAUCUUAUGCUAGGCGUCCGGCCACCGUGGACAUGUUCCUGUCCGAUUUCCGCAAGGAGUUCUACGAGCUGGUCCAGAGUCAGAGGGUCCUUCUCUUUGUGGCCUCGGACGUGGACGCUCUGUGCGCCUGCAAGAUCCUUCAGGCCUUGUUCCAGUGUGACCAUGUGCAGUACACCCUGGUUCCAGUUUCUGGGUGGCAAGAACUUGAAACUGCAUUUCUUGAGCAUAAAGAGCAGUUCCAUUGUUUUAUCCUCAUAAACUGUGGAGCUAAUAUAGACCUAUUGGAUAUCCUUCAACCUGAUGAAGACACUAUAUUCUUUGUGUGUGACACCCACAGGCCAGUCAACAUCGUGAAUGUGUACAACGAUACCCAGAUCAAGCUACUUAUCAAACAAGAUGAUGACCUUGAAGUUCCAGCCUAUGAUGACAUCUUCCGGGAUGAAGCGGAGGAUGAAGACCAUUCAGGAAAUGAAAGUGAUGGCUCGGAGCCUUCUGAGAAGCGCACCCGGUUAGAAGAGGAAGUGAUGGAGCAAACCAUGAAGAGGAGGCAGCGAAGAGCGUGGGAGGCCCGGAGAAGAGAAAUCCUCUUUGACUAUGAGCAGUACGAAUACCAUGGGACAUCAUCGGCCAUGGUGAUGUUCGACUUGGCAUGGAUGAUGUCCAAAGACCUGAAUGACAUGCUGUGGUGGGCCAUCGUGGGACUCACAGACCAGUGGGUUCAAGACAAGAUCACCCAAAUGAAGUACGUGACUGACGUUGGCAUCCUGCAACGCCACGUGUCCAGGCACAACCACCGGAACGAGGACGAGGAGCACACCCUGUCUGUUGACUGCACACGGAUCACCUUCGAGUACGACCUCCGCCUGGCCCUCUACCAGCACUGGUCUCUCUACGACAGCCUGUGUAACACGUGCUACACCGCCUCCAGGUUCAAGCUCUGGUCCGUGCACGGCCAAAAGCGGCUCCAGGAGUUCCUGGCAGACAUGGGUCUUCCACUGAAACAGGUAAAACAGAAGUUUCAAUCCAUGGACAUUUCCUUGAAGGAGAAUUUGCGGGAAAUGGUUGAAGAAUCUGCAAAUAAAUUUGGGAUGAAGGACAUGCGUGUGCAGACUUUUAGCAUUCAUUUUGGAUUCAAGCAUAAAUUCCUGGCCAGCGAUGUGGUCUUUGCCACAAUGUCUCUGAUGGAGAGCACCGAGAAGGACAGCUCUGGGACUGACAACUUCACCCAGGCCUUGGACAGUCUUUCCAGGAGUAACCUGGACAAGCUCUACCAUGGCCUGGAACUUGCCAAGAAGCAGCUGCGAGCCACCCAGCAGACCAUCGCCAGCUGCCUCUGUACCAACCUUGUCAUCUCUCAGGGGCCUUUCCUCUACUGCUCCCUCAUGGAGGGCACUCCGGACAUCAUGCUGUUCUCCAAGCCAGUGUCCCUGAGCCUGCUCAGCAGACACCUGCUCAAGUCCUUUGUGUGUUCGACCAAGAAUCGGCGCUGCAAGCUGCUACCUUUGGUGAUGGCUGCCCCUCUGAGCGUGGAGCAGGGCACAGUGACCGUGGUGGGCAUUCCCCCAGAGACUGACAGCUCGGACAGAAAGAACUUUUUUGGGAGGGCAUUUGAGAAGGCUGCAGAGAGUACCAGCUCCCGGACACUGCACAACCACUUCGACCUGUCUGUAAUUGAACUGAAAGCAGAGGACCGGAGCAAGUUUCUGGAUGCACUUGUUUCUCUCCUGUCCUGAGGGUGUGCUUUCUUCAGAAAUGACCUCCUCCUCCUCCUUAUUUAUGUUCACUGCUUUUAUUUAGACUGUAAAUUAUGGGCAUAGUUUGAGACGUAGGGAGAAUUUGUUUUUCAUGGAAUAAAAUGUUAUUUUAUGUUCUAA